UAUGCUACAGUCAAAAAUGUAUAAAUAGUAUACUCAAACAAUGUACUUAGAUUAAACAAACCAUUUGGAUUAAAGGAUAUACUGUUUCAGUCAAAACUAUAUAAAUAGUACACAAAAACAAUGUAUUUAGAUUAAAUAAAUGCACUUGGAUCAAAGUAUAUAAUGCUUCUCUCAAAACCAUAUAAAUAGAAUAUCAAAACAAUGCAUUUGGAUUAAAGAACAUAUGCUACCAUCGAAACUGAAGACCACUAUACAUAUGAGACACAGUAAUGCAGACAAACUGGGACUGAUGGGGAACUGUUCCCUUAGACUACUAUUUACACUAUGGCUCUGGACAAUCCUGGCAGUUCAAGGUACCUAUGGGUCAAAUGUUAAUGGUCAAAAGGUCAAAUGUCCUAGAACCUCCAAGUCAAGCAAUGGAAUAUGUUACGCUAUGGUGACAUCACACUGUGCCAAUUACAGCACAGCGCACUUUGCUUGCAAUGGACUGAGGGGCGAUGGGAUAGAGAACCCUCAUCUGUCAUCUAUCUCUAACAACACUCUCGACUCGCUCCUAAUUCAGGAAUACAAUGGUGGCAAAAGAUUCUAUUCAUUUGAUGGCAAACUGGAGGAAGUUAGAGAUGAUACAGUGUUCUGGGUUGCUAGGAGAGAUGACAACAACAAUACAGGUUGCUAUGUGAUACAAGUCAACACAGGGAGUCUUAUUAAACAAGAAUGCAGCGAGGAAAACAACUUUAUUUGUGCAUUAGAAACUAGAGGACCAUGGAUGAACACAUUGUAUAUGGACCCAACCUUUGAACAUGAAUUCAUCUGCCCUGGUACACCUAAAUCAGCAUACAAGCUUACCAGAAUCUCCACACUGAAAUUCCACACAAGGGAACCUAUUCUUAUGAAAGAACCAGACUAUGAUGGGAAUCUAGAGACUGAGAACAGCACUGCAUUUAGUGGAAAUCUAGAAACUAAUUCAACAACAGUGACAUCGAAAGAAACAAAAGAGAUUUCUUCAACAGAAGCAACGCCAUCUAUAAUGAACCAUAAUACAGUACAAAACACUACAAUAUUAACCUUGAAAGACAACAGGACUCAAAAUAUAUCUGACCCCAAAGAGAACAACAUUAAUAAGAUGGAGAUCAUAGUCCUACAUCCAAUUAAAGGAAUUUUUGUCCAUAACACAGACUACCACAGAGCCAAACGGAGGCAUUAUGAGCCAACAGAGGCCAAGCAAGCAGCUUUUGUGGGUUUUCCACCAGUUUGUGCUAUGGUGAUAUUCCUGGUUGUUAUUGUGCUUCUUGAUCUUCCGAAAAUCAAGCAUGAUCUGAUAAAUGGGUCAAAAUAAGGGACAUGGGGUCUACAUUUUGACAUGGGAUAUAAUUAGUGGGUCAAAAUAAGGGACAUGGGGUCGACGUUUUGACACGGGAUAUCACUAGUGGGUCAAAAUAAGACUCAUGGGUAUAUCAUGUCUCAUACUUUGCUCCAUGCUUAGUAAAUGGUUAGUUUGCCAUAUAUUUGAAGAAAAGUACUUUUAUAUCAAUUCCAGUUAUGAGAGAUAUUCCAGUUGAUUGGUUAGUACUGAUACGUAGAAAAGAUGUAGAUUAAUAAUAUAGGCCUUAUAGAAAACCUAAUUUAAGGGCAUAGUCAAGAUGCAAAACUAUGCCCAUGGCAUCAAUAAUUGUGGAGAAAUAAUUUAAUAUUACAUAUCGAAAUGUUGUUUGCCUUUGUUCUAUUAUUUAUAUACAUGUACGGUAUGUCCAUAUUGAACAUCUUUAGUAUUCUAGUAUUCAUAUUGUUUAAAAUAGAUGGCAUGCUAGGGCAGUAGAAAUAAAGGAUUGGUUAGUUAAGCUAUUUAAUUGUUG